AUGCAGUCCCUUAACAUCACCCCAGAGCAGUUUGCCAGACUCCUGCAGGAGAAUAAUGUAACCAGGGAGCAGUUUAUAGAGCUCUACCAGCUCCAGCCCUUGAUCUACAUCCCAGAGCUUCCUGUACACACUAAAAUAGCCUUUGUGACAAUAUGUGUACUUAUCUUUGUACUGGCACUAUUCGGGAACUCCUUAGUCCUUUAUGUUGUCACCCGGAGCAAAUCUAUGAGAACUGUAACCAACAUUUUCAUUUGUUCACUGGCACUGAGCGAUCUCCUUAUUGCUUUUUUCUGCAUCCCUUUCACAAUGCUGCAGAACAUCUCAUCUAAUUGGAUGGGAGGUGCAUUUGCAUGCAAGAUGGUCCCAUUUGUACAAUCUACAGCCAUUGUCACUGAAAUCCUUACAAUGACAUGCAUUGCUGUGGAAAGACAUCAGGGAAUCAUCCAUCCCUUGAAAAUGAAAUGGCAGUAUACUAACAGACGUGCUUUUACAAUGCUAGGUAUUGUAUGGCUAAUAGCUGCUAUGGUUGGGAUACCUAUGUGGCAUGUUCAGCGACUAGAGGUGAAAUAUGAUUUUCUAUUUGAAAAAGAGUAUGUGUGCUGUUUGGAAGAAUGGACGAGUCAAAUGCAUCAGAAAAUCUAUACAACAUUUAUUUUAGUUAUUCUUUUUUUACUUCCACUUACUUUGAUGCUUCUACUAUACAGUAAAAUUGGCUAUGAACUGUGGAUUAAAAAACGAAUAGGAGAUGCUUCAGUGCUUCAAACUAUCCAUGGAAAUGAAAGGUCUAAAAUAUCCAGGAAGAAGAAGCGAGCAAUCAUUAUGAUGGUAACAGUGGUAGUCCUUUUUGCAGUCUGCUGGGCACCAUUUCAUGUUGUUCAUAUGAUGAUGGAAUAUAGUAAUUUUGAAAAUGACUAUGAUGAUAUCACAAUAAAGAUAAUAUUUGCAAUAGUGCAAAUUAUUGGAUUUUUUAACUCCAUUUGCAAUCCAAUUGUGUAUGCUUUUAUGAAUGAAAACUUUAAGAAAAAUUUCCUGUCUGCAUUAUGUUUUUGUUUUGUGAGAGAUCCUUCCUCUCCUUCUAAAAGACCUGGUAACUCUGGCAUCACCUUAAUUCAACAAAAAGCAAGUUUCUCUAGGAGAGAGAACACAAGCGAAGAACACAGGAGGGAAGCAUUUAGUGACGGAAAUAUUGAGGUCAAAUUUUACGACCAACCUGUUUCAAAAAGAACUACAAAAAGACACCUUCACUUGUUUACCUCAGACCUUGCUGUGCAUUCCUAA